UCGACAUGAACGGAUACGCGUGCGUUUUCUGUAUGGGUAAAAGAAGAAGCAGAGGUGCGCUUCGUUCGAAAUGGCGAAGAAUAUGCGCAACCUCCGCGCCGCGCGCGAAUACGUGGACGUCGUGAUGCAGCGCCUGCGCGACGACGUGCGGCUGCAAGAGAUGGAGCCGAGCGAACUACGGAGCACGGGCGACGGCUCCGACUGGAAGCUCCACGACGGCACCGUCCGAGGCCUGGGCCGGGUCAGCCACGACGGCAGGCCGUGGCUGGUCGAGGUGCUGCCGCACAACGAAGGCGACGCCGACGCACCGACGCCGGAGGAGCGAUUCGACGUGGCCGCCACGGUGUUGGUGCGCGACUGCGAGUUUGAAGCCUUGUACGACUACACGGGCGUCGCGCAACAGGUCUCGGGCAAGGUCACCGGAAAAGUGGAGAUCGUGCGCGUGUACAUGCUCAUUGGCCACCCCAAGGGGCCAGAUGAUGUGCCUGAGCUGAAGGUGUUCGACACGAAGGAGUUCAUGGGCCUGACGCUUGCCAAGGUGAGCGUCGGCAUACUUCACCAGAAGUUCAUCACGGAAGCCACCGCUCAGGCUGUGCGCAGCUGCAUUGAGCAAGCGAUGACGUCACGUGUGGCGCCGCUACUGGCCACCGUGCUCAAAGGCAUCUCUUUCCCAGACUUCACCAAAGUACAGCAUUAACAAGAUCAAACGUGGCCUCCAAAAGAGUGUCUAAGGAUUUGUCUAAAUUACUGGAUAAAAUGGUGCUUAUUGGACAACAGUGUGUGAAAGCUUUUAAUCAUGGGCAUGGCCUCCGAGAUCACAACAUCGCGAUCUCGGAGGCCACGUGAUGGGAGUGCUUGUGUGUGCAAGUACUUUGCAUGCACACAAACAAUCUUGCCUACCUUCCCUACCAGAAAUAAAUUGGAAUGAGUGCCCACAAUAAGGCUCGUACACACCUAGGCACUGUGUGCUGCCCUGCCUGUAUGGUAAUGUUCAAUAUGAGCUGCAUUUCUGUGCCCAUGUUCGAAGAAGUUCCAAGACUGCACAGGCACCCAUAUACGAAAAUUUGGCAAACUAAACAGUGUUCCCUUUGCAUGGUAUUUAAUACACCACUUUUUCGUAUACCGGCAUUGCCGAGCAGUCUAGAAGCCCUUUCGACCGUGGGCUGUACUUCACAGAGACUUUAUCUUGUGACACAGAUGACAGCCCAGGGGGCACUUAAAAGUGGUAAGCAAUGACUACGCCUUGAGUUGGCUGGCAAACUU